UUAUAAUUGUAACGUGACAAACAUACAGAUAAGCUUAAUUAACUGAGAGUUAUCUCAUUAAACUGUAUAUUUAACUAUGGAUGCAAACUCGCGAGUUAGUUUGUAGUUAUCUUGCGAACCGGGAGCACGUUUUUAGGUCCCAACAUGAAGCUGCUUCUAUUCUUCACGGCAUCUCUCCUAGCGGGAUUAGCAUACUCCGCUCCAACCUCUAACGAUGAUGACGAAACUCUGGUAGUGACUGCUGACUUCUUCCCAGAGUCUCUCGCAGUCUACACCGCCGAACACGACAUUGUCAAACUCCUCGUCCCAUUAAACGCCUUAAACUUCGAAGAUGACGCUGAUGAGGAAGAGGAAUCAAGCUCUGACUCUGACGCCCUCGUUUUCUUCGUCCAAGCUGAUAAGAAUGAGAACGGAGGACUAGUAGACCAAGGUCUUUUCGUCCUGAAGAAUGGACAGGCCACUAAACUGCUGGAUCACGGUAGGGAUGCCGCUGCAGCCAACGAUGAUACUAAAACCGCGUACUUUGCUGCCAACGAUGGUAUCUAUGCUUACAACGCCAAGGAUAACAAAGCUGAGAAAUACGGCACAGUGAGCGAUGAUCUGAUCAGCAUUGCCAAAGUUAACGGCAGCGAUGUCUUAUACGUCUUGACCGCUGACCAAGUUGUAUACAAAGUCACAGAGGAAGGUACAAAGAAGGAGAAGUUGAACCAAAUUGUCAACGCCAAGGAACUGAUCUUGGAUUACCAGAACAAUUUGUACUACUACACAAAUGACAACAAAGUCUACGUUUUGGUUGGUGAUGAAGUUAAACAGAUCUCUGGUCUCCCUGAAAAUGCGUCUAGCGUGAACAUUAUCAACCCACCUUUCGUUAUUGAGAAUGGUGUGCCAGUCAUCGUUGACAACAAGGCCUACGUUGCUUAUGAAAAUGGUACCAGUGAGUUGGCCGGUUUUGACUUCCAGAUUAAGCCUACCGCUUACGCUAUGGAGGCUACCCUCAUCCAGUUCUACGCUUAUGAGAAGAAGGUUUACGAGUACAACAUUCUGACCAUCCUGUUCAGCGAACUUUUGUCUGAGCUGAAGAGCUACUUGGAAGACAAGACUGAUGACAUCCAAGCUAUUGCUACUAGGUCCAGGAGUGACUUGCGCGCUUAAAUCCUAACUUAAGAACAUGUAAAUAAUAGAAAAUUGCGAGGGAACAUGAAUUAAAGUCAAAGCAGUAUAUUUUGAAGUGCCAAAA